UUACGCUUUUUUCAUCAGUUACUCGUCUGCUUCCAUCACAACCUACUUCUCCAAUAACUAACUGGAUUGUUGCUCAUUUCUACCUUGCAAACUUCCAUUCCAUACUCUUUCCAAUUACCUAUCUUACCCAAAGUCACCCCUUUCAAUCUUUCAAAAUUCAACAAUCAACAGAAUUCACCUUCUCUCUGUCCUCUUACUCCACUCUUACACCGACACCUCGGAACUUUGUGGAAACAUCUGCUACAAGCGAUACUAGUACUACCUAUCCACCGCCUUUUGAGCAAUACGACUAAACUGGGAUUUGGAGAUACUUCUCUUGCCACAUUCGGCCCCACCUCUAUCGCACUACUUUUUACGGAAAUUUCUUCAAAUCUAACAUCACUGCCUCGCUGAAUCUCGUUUGUUUUUUGCUACUACUUUGACCGCUUUUUAAAUCUGCUCGACUACUGCGGAUUUCAAGCUUUCUUUCAAUACUAUUUUUUAUCCAAUCAACUUUGCCUAACAUGGACUACCACGUUGGAUGGUGCAUGACUUGCGAGAAGCGUAUUGCUUCAAGCUACAUUUACUGCUCUCUAUCUUGCCAGUUUCAAGAUUUCCUGAUGGACGAUCAAUCAAGCCACAAUUUUACUGGCACUGAUGGUUAUCACGCUUCUGAAUGCAUGCCAACUGCAAUUAAAAUGUCGUCAUCUUCAUCAACUCAUUCAUCUUACUCUGCCACAUCGUCAUCUAGCGGAUCCUACUCUGCAUCUAUGCUAAAACCGACUUCCCAGAGCGUGAACUAUCUGGAAGAAUGGAUCGUGUCAGACGAAUCAUCCUCUGGCAUGUCAGAGGGCAUCACUGCUUUCAAUUCAUCGGAUUCCAGCUCAGGCUGCAGCAAAAGCAUGUCAGGAUUUAUUCCUACCAGGUCGAGAUCCGGAAUUCCAUCUCCUCCACCUUCUCCAUCAUCUUUUUUACUGAUGAACGGCGUGCCAAAACUCCUUGGUCGAGGACGUCAAUCACCUUAUGCUUCUCACCAGCGUGUGAGAUGUACCCCACCACCUAGUUAUAUUUCUGCUUGAUCAUUUUUUACAACUAUCCAGUCCAAGCGACUCUUUCAAUUUACAAUAAACCUGAUAAAACAAUCUCUG